UUUUAAGUUGUGCAGUGAAAUCGAUCGGUACGGAGCCGAGGUACGGACCACAUUCACGUUUUGGCUCUCGCAUAGAAAUUUCGGUACAUCGUUCACAUUUCUUUUCCGCCCGUUAGAAGAAAAAAAUGUCUUCCAAAUCCGCUUUUAAUUCCUGCUCCUAUGCGCAGGACAUCGAUCGCACAGAAAGUAGUAAAGUUUUCGAAAUUGAACAAUGCAUGUACAAUUUAUCAGAGGACUUUUUUCGCCAGACCACUCUACAAGAGACCGUCGCGCCGGUAGAAAGCGCGACUACGGGUGUAGUCUCACCGGAAGUGUUCGACGAGUCGCUCAACAAUGCUGCAGCAAGUGCGGCACAGUCCGUGCACCACAUAGCAGAUAUCCUUCAGCGUCCGAUUUCCGACGAGCUAAUGAAAAAACUGUGCUUCAGCGAACUGCUGCUUGUGUGUGAUGGCAGCGAGACCAUCGUUGGAGGGGCCGCUAUCAACGUCAGCCUGAUAGCGGAAGAAGUAUUGGCGGCAUUUUCCAGCACCAGACUCACAAUUCUUGGGCAUUCUACGGCGGAAAGUGAGCUGAUGUCAUUUGCGGACCGAAACUGUCGACCGCUGCAGGAGCGCAAAUGUGAAACGCUCAUUUCUGGUACAAUCAGGCAGGAGAAACAAAUACAACUCUACUUCGAUGAGGCCCACAACGUCACAGCUUACAGGCAGGAAAGCAAUGGGUUGCAGACCGAAAGCUUUUACGGUUUGCUGUCGGGCCCGGGAAGGAGCGGGGAAGAAGACUCGGCUGAUGACAACAGGCCUACUAUUUUGCCCGAUGGACUACAGCUGCUACUCUUGCGGUACUUAGUGCUGUCCAACUUUGUAGGCGAAAUUUGCAGCCAAACAAUCGACAUUCAGGGAAGGGUUGGAAAUUGCAUUCACCAAAUUUCGGCCGCUAUUCCAGUACCAAAGCAUCGACGCGAAGGUACAGCUGAAGCAGUGAAGGAGAUCAGAAAAUCGACUUGGUAUUCGGAUGGCACAGAGCCAGAAGAAAGUGUAUCGCAUUACGACGCCUCCACGGGGCGUUUGCUGCGGCACGGUUGGAAUAGUUCAAACUACAUCCUCAUUGAAAACCCGCUCGGUACGGCAUCCCCAAUGGCCAUAAAAGAACUCGAGCAAGGUAUGAAAGAUUACGUGCAAACCUUAUCGGGAUUGAUUAAAAACCGAGCGUCGGUGAAAGAGAUGAUCGACCAUGUGGAUUGCACAGUGAAAGAGAUGGAUCAGUGCAACAAAAUUGUAAAUCCGCUACUGAGAGAUAUCAUUAAGGAAGUAUGAAAACCGUAUUUAAGAAAUAAAAAUAAAAUAAAAAAUGAACUAAACAAAUUUCAUAUGCGUAUAGGCUGAACAUAUUGAAACAAUAACAUGGAUACCG